CUUUCUCCCGUGAAAACUGAGCUGAUGGUUGGGGGGGUGCGGUGCGGUGCGGUGCGGUGCUGCUGCUCGGACCAUGAAAGGAAAGACCGGGACAAGACUUUAAGGGAGAUUUUCGCGAAUGUUUUCUGUCUAAAUGUAGACUAAUAUUUUGUCGAAAACAAGCGAGAACACGUUAAAAAGACGUCGCAGUUUCGUCCAAAUGUGUAAGCCGACCGUGAGCACCGAGUGAGACUUGAACAAAGUUAGCUAGCUAGCUGGCGUCGUUAGCGUUACGGUUAGCUCGGCCAGGAAGCACCGGACAACAGGCUGGAGACGGAGCGGGGUUUUUGUGAGCGUCGUUAUCAACACCUACUAUAGGAAUGCUGCCCACCGGAGGCCACUCAAGUUUUGGAUGAGGGUAGAGCCUGAGGGUUUGCUAAAGCAGUGUGAGGGAAGAGUGAAGGUGCGAUGCUGGGGCAAAAGGAGGCGGCGCGGGGCGCUGAGGGUCGCCGGACGGAGUUCCGCGCUCGGCCGCUUCCAGCCCUCAGGACACUCGGGGGCUGCGUGCUGCUCCUGCUGCUCCAGGCGGCCCUGUGCCUCGCCAGACCCAGCGGGAUAAUCAGCACCAACAGCCAUAACAACCACCCGAGGGUCAACGUUUACAUGAGUGAAGAUGAGGUGAAGAAACUUCUGGGUCUGGAUGCUGAGCUGUACUAUGUGAGGGACGAUGUGGUGAAUCAUUAUGCUCUCUCCUUCAUACUGCCAGUACCCAGCGAGACCAACAGUCUGCACUUCACCUGGCACGCCAAGAGCAAGGUGGACUACAGGUUGGGUUUCCAGGUGGAGAACCCUGCAGCUAUGGACCAGCCUCAUAGCAACAUUUCAGCCCAUGGGGAGGUUCCACUCACACGCUCGGUUUUCAGAGUGGACCUCUUCUGUUCUGGGAAAGUGGACGGUGAGGCCAUUCUGACAAUGCAGCUGAAUCUGACGAUCCACGCCAACAACUUUACAGUACUCAACUUCAAGCGCAGGAAAAUGUGCUACAGAAGAAUUGAACAGCCAGGUUCCCCCAGAAUCCUCCCUCCAUUCUCCAACAAAACAGGGCCAGACUUAGACACCACCCCUACAACAUCGACCCGAGUGUUCUACAUUAGCGUUGGAGUGUGUUGUGCUGUGAUCUUCCUCGUCGCAAUCAUCCUUGCGGUGUUGCACCUGCACAGCAUGAAGAGAGUCGAGGUAGAUGACAGUGAGAGUGACAGUGGGAGCUCCCAGGGUCUUUCUCAGCCCUCCACUCAGACCACGCAGUACCUGAGAGCGGACACACCAAAUAACGCCACCUCCAUCACCAACGUUCACGCUGGCUCUGCUCCCAUGCUGCAGCUCUCAGGUGCCUCCUUCCCCCACCCUGGUGCUCCCUCCCAUGAAAGCAAAACCUAUCCUUCAUUGCGAAUAGAGAAGAACGACCUGAGAAGCGUGACCCUGCUGGAGGCCAAGGCAAAGGUCAAGGACAUCGCCAUCUCUAGAGAGAGAGUCACACUUCGAGACGUUUUGCAUGAAGGAACCUUUGGACGGAUAUUCCAUGGUGUCUUGCUUGAUGAGAAGGACCCGAGUAAAGAGAAGCAAGUGUUUGUGAAAACAGUCAAAGAUCAUGCCUCGGAGGUGCAGGUGACGAUGAUGCUGACGGAAAGCUGUAAGCUGCGAGGUCUUCAUCACAGGAACCUGUUGCCCAUCAAUCAUGUGUGCACAGAGGAUGGAGAGAAGCCUAUGGUCCUGCUACCCUACAUGAAUUGGGGCAAUCUCAAGCUCUUCCUUCGCCAGUGCAAGCUCGCUGAAGCCAACAAUCCUCAGGCCAUUUCCCAGCAGGAUCUUGUUCACAUGGCUAUCCAAAUUGCUUGUGGGAUGAGCUACCUGUCACGAAGAGAAGUCAUUCACAAAGACCUGGCUGCCAGGAACUGUGUCAUUGAUGACAGCAUGCAGGUAAAGAUCACCGAUAACGCGCUGGCUCGAGACCUCUUCCCUAUGGACUACCACUGCCUGGGAGAUAAUGAGAACAGGCCCGUCCGCUGGAUGGCUCUGGAGAGCCUGCUUAACAACGACUUCUCCAGUGCCAGUGAUGUGUGGGCUUUUGGGGUGACUCUGUGGGAACUGAUGACACUGGGACAGACUCCUUAUGUUGACAUCGACCCAUUUGAGAUGGCUGCCUACUUGAAGGAUGGCUACAGAAUAGCACAGCCAAUCAACUGCCCUGAUGAGCUGUUUGCUGUAAUGGCAUGUUGCUGGGCACUGGAUCCAGAAGAGAGGCCGAAGUUCCAGCAGCUUGUCCAAUGCCUUACAGAGUUCCAUGCAGCUUUGGGGGCCUAUGUUUAAACUCCAGCCUCAGGUUUUGUUCUGGGCCCCUGGUCAUUGACUAUUCCACAACAGGAAAAACAGCACCUGACUAAAAUAAAACAUGUUUCUCUCGUCAGUGAUUUUGGAGGGGAAAAAAAAACAACUUUAAGACUCUUCUCUUUUCUGCUUAUUGGAGAUGUCACCUUUUCUCCCUUCGUGGAAUUGUAGAGCUCCGUGUGUUUUCACUGCUGAAGAUCACCACCUACAGCCUUACCACAGUGCACACUUUUCUUCUCAAUCCUGGUGUUAUUGUGUUCACAGGAAGCUGUUGUUUAUUUCAGCAGUGAAACUUUUCCAUUUUAAGACACGUGAGUUCAACUGCUGAGUAUUCUCAUAAAGAUUAUUUGAUGAUGGAUACGGUCUGAUUUUUCAGACUUCGCUUGUUGGAUUGUGAUUUGUAUGUUGUAUUUGAUUCUUUAGUGAAAGGAACCAUCUUUACCGUGUUGAAUCUAAGUGGAAAUUUUUUUUACAAUGCGUGUUUGUGCGGAACAGAAUAUGAGCACAAAACAUGUUUCGGUCCUCCUGUUGGUACUUGUACAUUUGCCAAAUAUUUUUUAUCCAUUUGUUCAGCUUAAAUGAGCUCAAGUAUAGUUCUGCCACUGGUUAUGAGGAGGAAAUCAGCUUACUUACUCAAGUAUUUAAUUUUCUUCAGGGCAGUGGAUAUGCAGAACUGUAUUAGCAUUUACUUAAAACCAGUGUUAAACUGGCUUGUGGUACAUAUUAUAGCACAGAGAUAUCUAUUUCAUCCAAAAGAUUAAUCUUGCAAGGUUUUGAAUUAUGGUUGGUAAGCAAAAUAAAUUAAUUAAUUACAAUAAUAAUAACAAUUUCUUACAGGGUUGUUACUUCUUCCUAAAGUUUUUAAUGUUUGUUCUGUGUCAGAACAAAGGCCUCCUUUUGUAUUUUUUUUAGAGAUUGCAUAAAGACACACCAGUCACUGUGAAUAAUCAAAGUGUACAAAGUGUAUGUUAAAAAAAAAGUUUCCUUUUCCCUAGCAUUUAUAGACUCCUCUUGACGUUUGACAACUGCAUGUUGAUUUGAAAAGGUAUUAUGUUAACUGUUUCUUGAACUCAUACCUACCAAUUAAAAAAGAACCCAAAAUAAAGUGGGUUCCCAACGUCGAA